AUGACUGAAUUUAUUUGCGAAGAGUUCGUUCGACGUUAUCUCCUGUCGCACAACUACACAAAAACUCUUGCUGCUUUGGACGCCGAGUCGUCGUCAGAUAGCCUUAGUGAUUGUUUUCAGCCAUCACUAAUUGUUGAACGCAUUAAUCGAGCAAUUUCGGAUUUGGAUAGUGAAGCUCUGGAUCGUAUAUGGAAGAGUCUUAAUGAUUGCUUCGGCUCAACUUUGAACCAACAAAAUUCUGAGAGGUUUGAGUCCCUGAAAGCAUAUACGUACAAGACUCUGUUGAUCGAAGCCAUGAAAACCAAACAAAUCGGUUAUGUCAAUAAUUUUUUCAGCACUCAAGUUGCAUUUGACCUCACGUCUUCGACUUGGACAAAUUGGACAGUUCUACCGUUUACAAAAGAUCCUCAAAAUCACCAACUCUUUGCUCGAUAUUUCGUAAAGAACUGGACUGAUGUCCUUACUAUUUCUCUUUGCAACUUUCUAUGUGUUCUCUUCUCAUCUCUACCGAUGGUCUCUAACACCGAACCAUCUACCGGUUCACUUUCGGCCUCAGAUGAUAAUCAACUAUCCCAAUCAAGGUCCAAUUUGGCUAUAGUUGAUGAUUUUGCUGAUUUACCUCUGGCCCGUUCAAGUAAAUAG